AUACAGUCAGAUCCAGCUCUUCUGCCGGGUACGGGGAUGACAGACUGUGUAAAAAACGUAUCCACUUUUCCAUACGCACUUAUAAGGGUAUGAUGUACUAAUCCUUGGUGAGAGAUAAAGUACCAAUUAGCUUCUGUCAUUUUUUCAAAUAGCGAUUAGCAUGGCAGGAAGCUGAUUGGCUGUGGCUGUUACCUAUCUCUCCACUUAAUCUCUCUCCAAGUUAUAGUACAUCACCCCCUUUGUACGACUACGUACAAUUAUAAAGUCGCUUGGCAAUCAGGUCGAACGUCCGGAUCUGUGUAUGUAGAUUCAGACGUGCGACCGUUCUCCCCAGAUCCUUAGGUGUGUAUUGUGCUAGCGCUGUUAUCAUGAUCAUAGCAGGAGAGAAAGUGAAAAGACGACAGGAGAGUCUUAAGCAGGGUACCCCUGAUUCACUCCUUGUAAUUGGUGACGACUGCGAGGAGGAGUCUGACGCUGCAGAUAAUAUAAAUAGGAUUCUAGCCGGGAGCAGGGACACACAGUCACUCUAUGUAUCAGGGAAAUUCAGCAGGUGGAAUCAUGCAGUUACUUAUAGCAAGUUUAUUGUUGUUAGGGACACGGACAUGCGGCCAGUUCUGGGGGCCAUCAUCAGAUAAAAAAGUAGCAUUCGCUUCUUGGGAUGAAAUGAAUGUUAUUGCUCAUGGAUUACUCCAACUUGGACAUGGACUAAAAGAGCAUGUGGACAAAACAACAAUCCAAUUGAAAGCGAUCACAGGCCGACUGAACCAUCACAACCUGUCAUUGGUAGAGCUCUUCAGUAAUGCCAGAGACGUAAGAGAUAGUGGGCAUGUGCUGAAGGGCAGGAUACAGGACUUGAAGGAUAGGGAUAGGCAAUUGCAUGACCUGACUCAGCUCCUCAGAGACAAGAUGCAAGAGGUCAGCAAGGACCAGGAGCAUCUGGAUCACAGGCUACAGGACAUAGAAUCUAAACUCAAGCUUCUGGAACCAAGUAAAACAGAGACCCGUAGUGGCAUGGAAGAUAUGAGGAGCAUUAAGUCACAAAUGGAGAUACAGAACAAAAGGAUCAAUGAACUCUUGGAAAAGAUACAGUUACAGCAAUACAAAUUGGACAAACAGAAUUUGCAGAUUAAAAACAUACAAAGCAAAAUUCCGAUCAGCAGAAUCGAUAGUCAGAAGACCAGGCUCAAUCUACAUAAAAAUGUUUUUACAGAGCUCAAGAAAAACAGCAGCAACAAUAACGUUGAAAAGAAAGACUUGCCAUCUGAUUGUCAGAGAGUCUUUUUGAAUGGUGAAAAAAAUAGUGGCAUUUACAGAAUAAAGCCAGCCAAUGCACAGCCUUUUGAAGUUUUUUGUGAAAUGACAGCUGAAGGUGGAUGGACUGUAGUACAAAGACGCAAAGAUGGUUCUGUGGAUUUUGACCAACUCUGGGAAGCUUACGAAAAUGGAUUUGGUAAUUUAAAUGGUGAAUUCUGGCUAGGUCUGUUAAAGAUGCAUCAGAUAAUGGAGCAUGAACAAUAUAUCAUGCACGUAGAGCUGCAGGACUGGGAGCAGAACAUUCAGCACAUGGAGGUUCAUUUCCAUUUGGGAGGUCCUAACACGGCCUAUGCCCUUCAAGUCCAUGGCCCAGUAACUGGACAGCUGAAAAAUGCUUUGUAUGAAUUCCGGGAUCAACCAUUUUCUACCCGCGACCGAGAUGAAGAUCUCAAAUCUCAUGUGAACUGUGCUAAACUUCUCUCUGGAGGCUGGUGGUUUAGCACAUGUGGUCAAUCUAAUCUUAAUGGUAAAUAUUUCAGUUCCAUCCCUUUCAAUCGACAUGAGAGAAAGCAGGGUAUCUUUUGGAAGACUUGGAGGGGUAGAUAUUACCCACUGAAAUCCAGCACCAUAAAAAUUUGCCCUUUGAAAUUGGCGACAACCAUGUAAAAAUUUUUGGGAAAAAGAUACAUUUUAUAUCUUAACUUCAAUUCUAAUUAUGUAGAUACAGGUACGAACUACUUACUUGUACUGUAGGUACAGAUAUGGGAUAUGUGGUCAUGUGUAAUAAUCGCAGUUGAUUAUAUGUUCAAUUACUGUUCAUAACCAGAGCUGUGAGCCUUAAGCUGUGUGUGUAUGUAUGUAUGUAUGUAUGUAUGUAUGUAUGUAUGUAUAUAUGUGUGUGUGUGUGUGUGUGUGUGUGUGUGUGUGUGUGUGUGUGUGUGUGUGUAUAUAUAUAUAUAUAUAUAUAUACACACACAUAAAUUGCAGAUUAUAAUGUACUUUGCCAAAACAAUUUUGUUUUAAUGCUAUAAAUCCGUAAUGAAAAGUCUUGUCAUUGUGUUUUUUGCAUCUAAAAUUAUUUUACCUGUUCAUUUUCCCCCGACUGCAUGUAAAAUAUUUGUUCUCCAUACCACUUCACUGCCUAAUUUUACAUAUAUUAUGGUUUAUUUUGAUAAUGAUAUUUGACUUUAUGAAACUAUACAAAGCUUGUACAUAUUUAUUUCUAAAAUAUUGGGCCUAAUUCUGAGUUGAUCGCAGCAGCAAAUUUGUUAGCAGUUGGGCAAAACCAUGUGCACUGCAGAGGGGACAGAUAUAACAUGUGCAGAGAGAGUUAAAUUUGGGUGGGGUGUAUUCAAACUAAAAUCUAAAUUGCAGUGUAAAAAUAAAGCAGCCAGCAUUUACCCUGCACAGAAAUGAAAUAACCCACCCAAAUCUAACUCUCUGUACACAUGUUAUAUCUGCCACACCUGCAAUGCACAUGGUUUUGCUCAAUUGCUAACAAACUUGCUGCUGCGAUCAACUCAGAAUUACCCCCAUUGUCGCAUAGGUUACACUUAGAUGUUAGGUGCAAUUUGAAAUUCAAGUCAUAUUGACUGAUGUAAGACUGUGGGCAAUAUGUUUGUGUAUAUGUGCUAUUUGUGUUUUUAUUGACUUUUAAAUAAAAAAGUAAUAAUUAA